AUGGGUGUGAUUCGUCUACCACGCCCAACGGGUGUUUAUGUGCCCACUUCUCCCAUUCGCAGUCUUACGACCGACAUGAUCUCUAGUCCCCUUUCUCCUGAUUUUACCUUUGACUCGGAGACGCUUCCCCCCUCAAUUCUUCCCGCCCUCGAGUACAUCUCCUACAAGCUCGAGCAGAAGAUGAUGCAUGCCACGUUGCUAGUGGGUCGUGGAAAGCCAUACCCCACCGGCGAACCGUCCGAUCUGAUGGUAAUUCCCAUCGAGGACCUUGACCAACAAACAUGGCGGACCGUCUACCGCGCCGUGGUCAAAGCUGGCAAUAAGUUCUCCCUGGGUCAGAGCUGGACAGACGCCCUAAAUCGCAGUCAAUACGAGCGUCAGGCCAACGAGUACCUGGUUCAACAGUCGAUCAUGCAGAACGAGGUCAUCUUCAGCCGAGAAGGCCUCACGUUGCUCAAUGUAGACCGCAUCUAUACAUUUAAACGUCGGCUGUGCAUCCUUUCCAACCAAGGCAAAAAUCCCGAAGCGUCCUGUGUCACAUCCUGCGUACAGCUCCUACAUCGCACCAUUGGGGAUUUUCAGGGCCGCCCGUUCAGUAAAGCAUUCUUUCACCGCGUUUAUGAACAGCUCGACGUGCGGGACGAACUCCUGACCCACAUCGCCCAAACUUAUAAGAAGCAGUUCGGCCAGGAAGGGAUUAUCUUGCCGCCGCGGGCGCGGGCAGAGCACAGCAGCCGGAACUCCCCGAAGCGCACCACCCCACAGUCUGCUUCGGAUGUCACCCCUAUUACGAGGAACGAGUGGAACAUCCUUAAUUCCAACCUGCAGCAGACUAAGCCGACCGUCACCAAAUGGACGCCGUCGCCGACUGUUCUCGCCGCCGCUUGA